UGCCCUGCCCGGGCCUGCCCUGCUUGGGGGGCGCCCUGUGGACCUGGACGCAAGAUGAAGCUGAAGGAACUUGAGCGCCCAGCUGUGCAGGUGUGGAGUCCGGCAAGCCAGCACCCUAUCUACCUGGCCACAGGAACAUCUGCCCAGCAGCUGGAUGCCUCCUUUAGCACCAAUGCUGCUUUGGAAAUCUUCGAAGUGGACUUCAGGGACCCCUCAGUGGACCUUCAGCGCAGAGGGGUUCUCACCGCCUCCAGCAGGUUUCAUAAGUUGAUCUGGGGGAACGGCGGCAGCGGGCCUCCCGAGAACUCCGGGGUGAUUGUCGGCGGAGGGGAUAAUGGCGUGAUCACGCUGUUCAGCGCGGCCCAGAUCCUAGCCUCUGGGAAGGAGCCCGUGAUCGGACAGAGGGAGAAGCACACGGGCCCAGUUCGAGCUCUUGACUUUAACCCUUUCCAGGGGAACCUCCUGGCCUCGGGAGCCAAUGAUUCUGAAAUCUUCAUCUGGGAUUUGAAUAACUUCAGCGUGCCAAUGACCCCAGGUUCCAAGUCCCAGUACCGAGAGCCCCCGGAGGAUGUCAGCGCGCUGUGCUGGAACCGGCAGGUGCAGCACAUCCUGUCCUCGGCUCACCCCAGCGGCAAGGCCGUGGUCUGGGACCUCAGGAAGAACGAGCCCAUCAUCAAAGUCAGCGACCACAGCAACAGGAUGCACUGCUCGGCCAUGGCCUGGCACCCCGAAGUGGCCACCCAGCUGGUCCUCAGCUCGGAGGAUGACCGCCUUCCAGCGAUCCAAGUCUGGGACCUCCGGUUUGCCACCUCUCCCUUGAAGGUGCUGGAGAACCACACCAGGGGCGUCCUGUCGGUCUCUUGGUGCCAGGCGGACCCGGAACUACUACUUAGCAGUGCCAAAGACAAUCGGAUCCUGUGUUGGAACCCCGGAAGCGGGGAGGUGGUGUACGAGUUACCCACCCGAAGCAGGUGGUGCUUUGACGUCCAGUGGUGCCCUAGGAACCCCUCCGUUUUCGCCGCCGCCUCUUUUGACGGCUGGAUCAAUUUGUAUUCCGUGAUGGGCGGGAGCCUGGAAGCCCAGCGGAGAACGCAGGCGGACAAGAUAUCGUCGUCCUUCAGCAGCCUGGACCCGUUUGGCACCGGCCAGCCCCUCCCUCCGCUGCAGGUGCCAGAGCAGGUGGUCCAGACCACCCUGGUCCCGCCCCUGAAGAAGCCACCCAAGUGGAUUCGCCGGCCCGUGGGGGGCUCGUUCGCCUUUGGGGGGAAGCUGGUCACCAGUUUCCCCGCCCAGCAGACGCCGCAGCCUUGCCCCCACGUCGUCUUCAUCAGCCAAGUGACAACGGAGCCCGAGUUCCUGGCUCGGUCGGCGGAGCUGCAGGAAGCCCUGGGGUCGGGAAAUCUCCUGGAGUACUGCCAGGACAAGAUCCAGCGGGCCAAGCUGCAGUUUGAGAAGAGCGUCUGGCAGUUCCUGAAGGUGAACUUGGAGCAAGAAUCCAGGCCCAAACUGCUGAAGCUGCUGGGUUACAGUGAGGAGGAACUGCGGGCGAAGAUUGCUGCCUCGGGAUUGGGCAGCAGCCUGGGAUCCGGAGAGAGCCGUCACCCCGAGGGAGCUGAUGUUGAUUGGAAUAAGCAACCCUUCUCUGGCCAGGGAUCCCGCGAAUCCGGGGAGCCAGCCACCUCCUCUUCCUCCUCGGCCUUCUUCGAUGAGCUCAUGCCCCAGCACCUGACCUCGCUGGAAAUCCCGGUCACAUCAGAUACCGAUGGGCUGAUCAGCCAGGCCCUCCUGCUGGGCAACCUGGACGGAGCCGUGGAUCUGUGCGUGCGGGAGGAGCGCUUUGCGGACGCCAUCAUCCUGGCCGUGGCGGGCGGGGAGAAGCUGCUGAGGCGGACUCAGCAGCGCUACUUUGCCAAGAAGAAGACCAGGCUCUCCUCGCUCCUGUCAUCCAUCGUGCAACACAGAUGGAGAGAUGUGGUGUGCACGUGUUCCCUGCAGAACUGGAGGGAAGCCAUGGCCAUCCUGCUGACCUACUCCAGCCAGGAAGAGUAUGCCGGGCUCUGCGACACACUAGGGGCCCGUCUCGAAUCGGAGGGAGAUGGGACGCUGUCCCCCGAAGCCUGCCUCUGCUACAUCUGCUCAGGGAACGUGGAAAGGCUGGUGGAGUGUUGGGGGAAAAUCCACAAGGCAUCGUCUCCCGUUGCCCUGCAGGACUUGGUGGAGAAAGUAAUGGUGCUGAGCAGGAGCCUCGAGCUGCUCCGGGGCCCUGCAGGGGCUUCUCCGGGCCCGGCCACGGUGGGGAGAGUCACCGACUAUGCCAGCCUCUUGGCUUCCCAAGGCCGCUUGGCUGCUGCUGUGAGCUACCUCCCCAGAGAUUCCACCCAGCAGUCGAUCCAGCAGCUGAGAGAGAGACUUUUCCACGCUCAGGGGGCCAGCGUGGUCGGCCAGCAACCGCCGCCUUUCCCCUUCCCCCGGGUCCACGUCGGGGCUCCUCCUUCCCAGACCAAAAGCAGUGUGGCCGCCGGAGGAUCACAGCCCCAAAGACCGGGAGUGCGUCCACCCGGCCAGGUCUCAGCUCCAUCUCCGAUGUCAUCUGUCUUCACCCCCCAGCCAAUACCAGCACCAUCCCACGCUGGUCCCGCUCAAGGCCCCAUCAGAGCCCCGACUGCGAGCUACCCCAGACCUUCGGUACCCUGGCCAACGUACCCCACAUAUGCAGUCCCAGGCUCUACCCUGGGGCCAGCUGUGCCUCAGCCGUUCAAUCCACGAGGAGGCCCAGCCCCUGGACCUGUGGGCUUCCCUGUGGGGCCGCCUGUCCCGGGACAGCCGGCGCACAUGGCUCCGCCGGGCGCUCUGCCGCCGGGAUCCACCUUCCUCCCGCCAGGCCCUGCUCCGGCCCCCCAACUUUCUGCCCCGCUGACUUGUCCUGUGUCCGUGGCGUCCCAACCCCCAGGUCCUUUCAGUUUCCCCACAGCCUAUCCGCAGGGAGGGCCGGGGGCUCCAUCCUCUGGGCCCCCUCCAGCUGCCGGCAUCCCACCUCCUCCCUCAGGACCGCAGGAAUCCUGGUCUGACCCUUCUCGCCGGGGAGGCCUCCAAAAGAAAAAGUUGGCUCCUCCCGCGCCGAUCACUGCCCCCGUGAUGAGCCUCCCCCCUGGAGGUGUUCUCCUUCGGGGUGGUCCCCUCGGCCAUGAGGCAGGGCAGGCCCCCCCGGGGGCCCCCCAGGAGCUCAGCCUGCAGUUUCAUCAGCUGCCUCCGGAGCGAGUGGAGAGGAAGGAGCUGCCCCCGGAACAUCUCCCUUUGAAGACCACCUUUGAGGGCCUGGUGCAGCGCUGCUCCCUGGUAGCUGCUGAUCCAAAGACGAAACGGAAGCUGGAAGAGGCGUCCCAGCGGCUGGAGUGUCUCUACGAGAAGCUCCGGGAACAAGCGCUGUCCCCCCACAUCCUCGCGGGGCUCCAUGAGAUCGCCCGCUGCAUGGACGCCCAGAACUACCAGCAGGGCCUCCUGGUGCACACCCAGGUGGUGGGCAGCAGCAGCUUCAGCGAGGUGUCUGGCUUCAUGCCCGUCCUGAAGGCCGUCCUGACCAUCGCCCACAAGCUGAACGUUUAACCCCCCGCUGAAGACUGGGGGGUGGGGGGGAGUGUUGCCAUGGAGAUGGAGAGGGAUUCACCCGGACUGCGGGUCACCCUCUCCCGUCCUGAGCUCAGUCCCCAGGCUGGCUGGGCUUGGAGAGUGUCAUCGGGCGAACCAUCCUCGCUCCCCCCUGGGGUGUCCCGAUUCUGCCAGAGGCUCCUGGACGUAGGGAGCUUCUGUGGUGCGUCUGCUGCCGCGGUGCCCGUCUGAGCUGCUGUCCUGAGAUCCCGCCCUCUUGCUCUUCACCCUCCACCUCCUCUGUGGGACUUGCCAACGUCUUCUCUCGUCUCGGGCUUUGGGCUCCUGAGGCACAGGACCAGACUGGGGGUUGGGCCAGCACGAGAGCCCUGGCCCUGUCCAACCUUUCUGCCAGGGAUUGGUUUGGUCACUGGCUCUUCCACAGGCCCUCUGCCUUGACGACUCACCUGAGCCAUUGAAGGUCUCCCUCUGCUCUCCCCAGCUGGCUGCCGAGCGAGCCAGGGGGAAAAGAGAUGGCUUGGCUUCAUGUCCUCCUGUCCCCACACUCCCCGCUCUCCGGGUCUCCGUCUCUUCUCUUUUUUUUCCUCCCUUCUUGUUGGAACCCCACACUGUCCUUCUCUAACCUCACAUCUCGUCACCAUCGAGGCUUAGCUGCUUUCCAGCCUCUCAGCUCCAGGCUCUGUGGCCCCAGAGGCUCAGGUAGAGAGAGUAGGCUGACCCUGUCCAGGGUGGUGGGGCACAUAUCCCUCGCUGACUCCAGACAGGAGCCUCUCUCGCAGGCCCUGGUGUGGGAAGCGCCCUGCCUUGAGACCCUCAAGUUAGAGAGCGUUGGUAAAGGCUGAGCUUUGAGCGGGCUGCUCAGCAGUCAGGGAUGGCUGGGCCGGGUCGGUUUUCCUUCCAUCUCUCUUUCCCCGGCUAGGAAUGGAAGGGGAGUGGAUGUGGGUGGCUUCCAGGGCAUGUCAGAGGAUCGCCUCUGGAUGGAAUGCCCCUUUUUGCCAGAUGGAGGGAAGGGGAAGGUGUGUGCUAUUCAGGGGGAUCCUGAUCACCAGAGGGAACGGCUCCCUUCAGUAGUUUUGCUACUACUAAGUCAAGGAACGGUUCUUCAGCACUCUUAGUGCUGGCAAGUUCAGGAUAAGCCGAAGGGAAGGAAGAAAGGGAAGUUCUGACUUCUCUUCUGCCCUGAAUUGUACUGUGGGGGGUUGUCUGGUGUGUUGGGGGAGGGGGCGGGGGGUCCCGGUCCCAUGUGCCGCCCAGGGGGACCAAUUUGACUCCUCUGAGGUCACCGCCAAGUGCCUUCUGGCUGCAUUCUCGGUUUGGUUUCUGCUACUUGAAUCACUGAAAGAAUGGUAAAAUAAAGCUGCUUCCGUUUGGUUUCCUCCA